CCAUCCCAUCCCACAAACUAAAAAAAAAAAAAAAAAAAAAAAAGCUUAGAGAUUUCAUCAAUGGCUUCCAAGAGUCUCGUCUUCCUCGGCCUUCUCGUCGCCAUUGUUCUCGUCCUCUAUUCUGAUAUGGCAGUCUCUGCAGCUCGUAGCGAGCCCGGUGUCGCAACUGAAACUAAGGGAGAUGUGAAUGUCGAUGGAGGGGGGCACCAUUACUACCACCACCACCACCACCACCACUGCCACCACUGUGACGAUGACAACAAGAUGGAUGAUAAAAAUGACGAGCGAUUCGAUGAAGUGAAUAAUAAAAAUCACAAUUAAAUGCAAGGAUAUUGGUAUGAAGCAAAAGCUUAGGUAUCGACUGGUUUUCCAUCCUAUCAUCCUCGAUCAUCCAUCCCAUCCAUCUUCCAUUGUUGUUUUCAUCAUGCUUGUCAUUUGUUUGUUGAAUAAUAAAUGGCCUUAUUUGGCCUUGGUGUUGGCUUCUUGAUUGUAAUAUACAUAUAUAUAUAUAUAUAUGUAUAUGUUGUAUUGUAUUGUAUCGCAAAAUAUCUCAUCUGCGGAGAUAUAUGAUUAUUAAUUAUUUACUUAUGAAUUGAAGGCCUUUAUAGACUUGUUUUGUUAUAA